CGUCCAUUGCAGAGUCACUUUUCUCUUUUUCUCUCCAUGUGGCAAUGCAGCGCUCCAAGAAUCAUUCUCAUCGCCGUGCCGCGCCGCCCGAUGUCCUGAGACGUUCAGCGAUUGCUUGCGAUAGAUGUCGUCGACGGAAACAGAAAUGUCUUGGAAGGCCGCCUUUAUCCUGUGCCACGUGCAAUAGUAUCGGGGAAGAAUGUGUAUACUCAGAGUCAGAGAAGCGCGUAAGCGUGCCAGAGAGCUACCUGCUGAGGCUACAGAGCCAAGCGCGAUCGUCGUCUGACGCACUCCCCAGCCCUGCUGGCACAGCAUCAUCAGCAGUCCAAUGGACCUUUGCAGGAUCCGAUAAUUGGAUACUAUGCCAGCCGGGACAGUAUCACUACAUAGGCAACUCAUCGUCGACUUAUAUUGCUAAUCAGCUGAAUCCUACAACUGAGAACUUGGCAUGGCAUCUGUACCCGCACUACGAAGACACGUCAUGGCUUCGUCGUGAUGUUCUGCCUGAAAUGCCCCAGCUUCCGCCAUUCGACUUUGCUAAACGCCUUUAUAGCGUGCAUCAUGCUUACAUUGGUACUAUAUUCUCCUUUAUAGUGGACAGGGAAUUCUACGAGCGGCUCAAACGUGUGUAUUCGUCUCCACCAAACUUGCAUGACCGUGACGACUGCCUGAUAUUUUGCCAAAUCUUGCUUGUCUUCGCCUUUGGCCAGAUGUAUUCGGUCAACCAGUGGACUGGGAACAACGGACCUCCAGGGUUCCAGUAUUUCAAGCACGCUCUACAAUUCCUCCCACAGGCCGUUGAAGACGGAUCAAUCUUGUUUGUUGAGGUGCUGAGCUACGUUGCAUACUACUUGCAAACGAUAAAUCGACGCGAUUCAGCUUAUCUCUAUAUUGGACUUGCUCUGCGCAUGGCAAUAUCACUUGGUUUGCACCAGGAGACUCUCGACACUGAUAUUAAUGGAUAUGAACGCGAACGCCGUCGCCGUGUGUGGUGGUCUACCUAUAGUCUCGAGCGACUCCUCUGCGUCACUUCUGGCCAUCCAAUCUCUGUAGAUGACGAUGAUAUCGACUUGCUUGAGCCUAGCCCUCUUGACGGGGAGGAACCUCGCCGCUCGAGCGUGCUCCUGUACUAUACGCGGCUAUCGCGCAUAUUAGGUCGAAUUGGCCGCGACGUGUAUCGCAAAAAGCGACAGUCCGGUACCACACUACUGGCGGUCGCGCAAAAUAUCUUGAAAAGCCUAUCCGAGUGGUUUCGGCAGCUUCCUGACGAAGUGCGUAUUAAGCCAGAUGACUUGGAAAAAUGCAUAAGUCGCGAACUUGUUUCGACCUAUCUUCAUUACUACCACUGUAUCAACAUGACGGCAAGGCCGCUACUGCUCUACGCCGUGCAACGCCAGAUGGCAUCUAAUGCUGCGAGCGGAGAUGGUGCCACUGCCGCCCGCUGGGAAGAUGGGCUCUCUUCCGACGUUGUCGGCAUCAUUGAUGCUGCGAUUUCCGCAGCGCGUUCCAGUACCACUAUACUGAAUGCAGCUGCUAAAUUCAAUCUUGUAGCUACAUAUGGGUUUAUUGACGGCGAGCAGGCCUUUUCUGCCGCCUUGCUGCUUGUCAUGGUUAAUAUUGCCUUCCCUUACACGGAAAUGAAUGCGUCUACUAUGGAUAUGGCGCUCCUAGUGCUUCAGAGCAUGGCAGAAAAGGGAAACAAAUAUAUUCGCGCAUGUCAUGAUUUGCUCACAAAGAUUCGAUCAACCAUUAAGCCAAACACGACACCGGCCCAGGGUGAAGGGAUGGACCGCGAGGAAGUGCAGAGGCAGCUAGCUUGGAUAGCUAUCCAUGGGGCGUCAGGCGACCAGCAGCAGUACCCGCAGCAGCAAGGGGACACAUUUCCUGUCGGUAAUGCUGACGACCGUGAUGUAUGGGUCGAUGUCAUUGAGUCAAUUGACAUCGAUAUGGAUCGACAAUGGAUAGGAACGACACUUAUGCGACAGGAAGGUUUAAGUGAGGGCGUAUUCAAUACAACGCCCCCUUGAGUUUAACAAUGUAAUUAUUCUCAUAGGAAAGUAAUGACAAAAUUAUUUUAUUACUGUA